AUGUCCGCCGCACCGCCGCUGACGCCCCUCGAGCACGGCUCCCUCGCCCACCUCCUGCCGCCGUCGUGGAAGAGCUCGGUGACCGCCUGGCUCGCCGAGGACACACCCUCCUUCGACUACGGCGGCUUCGUCGUCGGCGAGCACGUCCGCACGGCCACGCUGUGGGGCAAGUCGGCGGGCGUGCUCGCCGGCGUGCCCUUCUUCGACGAGGUCUUGGCCCAGACCGGCUGCACCGUCGAGUGGCACACGACCGAGGGCCAGGCCGUCGCCGGCGGCGGGUCCAAGACCAAGAUGGCCACCGUCACGGGCCCCGUGAGGGGCAUCCUCCUCGGCGAGCGCGUGGCGCUCAACAUCCUGGCGCGGUGCUCGGGCGUGGCCAGCCGCACGCGGGCCGUCGUCGGCGCCCUGCGGCAGGCCGGCUACGCGGGCCGGGUGGCGGGCACGAGGAAGACGACGCCCGGGUUCCGGCUCGUGGAGAAGUACGGCAUGCUGGUCGGCGGCGCGGACGCGCACCGCAUGGACCUGAGCUCGAUGAUCAUGCUCAAGGACAACCACGUCUGGAGCCGGGGCAGCAUCGCCGACGCCGUGGCGGCGGCCAAGAGCGUCGGCGGGUUCAGCCUCAAGGUCGAGGUCGAGGUGCAGAGCGAGGCCGAGGCCGACGAGGCCAUCGGCGCCGGCGCCGACGUCGUCAUGCUCGACAACUUCACCGGCGAGGGCGUCAGGGUCGCCGCCCGGAGCAUCCGCGAGAGGUGGGCCGGCAAGAAGCAGUUCCUGCUCGAGGUCUCGGGCGGCCUGACGGCGGAGAACGUCGAGGGCUAUGUGUGCAAUGAUAUCGACAUUGUGUCUACGAGUUACAUCCACCAGGGUGUGCCGCACGUCGACUUCUCUCUCAAGAUCAACGUCUAG